AUGAGUAUUAGUCCUACUUGUCGUGAUGUGGUUUUGGCUGGUCGACAAGGUCUGGUUAUCAUCGAUUUGGAGAAUCCUUGGUUGAUACCUCGUAUCUUACCACAUAUGUCAAAAUGGGAAGUAGCUGAUGUUCAAUGGAGUCCUUAUGUAUCUCGCGAAUCAUGGGUGGCAUCCACAUCAAAUCAAAAACUGGUUAUAUGGAAUUUGAAUUCAAGUUCUCAAGUGAUUGAACAUACUUUACAUGCUCAUGCUCGGGCAAUCUCUGAUAUCAAUUGGUCACCACAUCAUCCAGAUAUUGUUGCUACUUGUUCGGUUGAUACUUAUGUUUGUGUUUGGGAUUUGCGUUGUGCUGGACAAAGUCAUCAAUCUCGUGGAGAUGAUUAUUAUUAUCGACCUGUCAAUUCUUUUACACCUUGGAAUGCUGCUGCUACUCAAGUUAAAUUCAACUUUAAAAAUGAAUAUUUAGUCGCUUCUGCCCAUGACAAGGAUGUGAAAAUCUGGGAUAUGCGAAAAGGAGCUGUGCCAAUGACAAGUAUUACAGCUCACUCGAAAAAGAUUUAUGGUAUUGACUGGAGUAGACAAAAUGAUCAUGACAUCUAUUGGAACAUUCACUCUGCAGAUGAACCAGAAGAAACUAUCAUUACCAAUUCUCCUGUUUGGCGGGCAAGAAAUACUCCUUUUGGAAAUGGUGUCCUGACUAUGCCUCAACGAACGGAAUCUACGCUUUAUCUCUAUGGUAGGGAUACACCAAAUGAACCUGUACAUCUAUUUGAAGGUCACACAGACACUGUCAAGGAAUUUGUCUGGCGAUGGAAAGGUGGUCAGAAUAGCAGUGAUGGAGAUGAUCGUGAAUUCCAAUUGGUGACUUGGUCAAAAGAUCAAAACUUGCGGUUAUGGCCAGUACCUGAAGAUAUUACAAAGUCUGUGGGUCACAAACCAAAUGAAAGAUCUCGUUCAAUUGCUGCUUCUGUUGCUCCAAUUCGAUUGAUGGCUACCAAUACUUUAUCCUUCCAUGGCACCGGUCCUCAUGGUAAUGUCAAAUACUCUACAAGUUAUAAUUUCCCAUCCAAUACCUAUCGUGAACAAAAAUACACCAUCAACCCUUUAUUAUGGAUGCAAAACGUCAAAACAAUAGCGCCAAACAACGAACUCAGAAAGGAUACAUCAGUUGGAAGUACUUACUCAUCCUUAGCCGAAGAAUUAUCUAGUGUUCUCAAUAAGUAUGCUAGUGUUGGUGUCAAAACUGAAAAGAUCAAUGCUGCUGCUCGAACAUGUACUAUCUCUUUACAUGGACCAUGGCUAGAAACUGGAACUGCCUUCUUACGUAUCACUAUCCGAUUCAGUCAACAAUAUCCUGACAACAGUCCUCCUGAAUUUGACAUUCAAAAGAACAGUAUGAUAUCCAUCUAUUACCGUACCCACAUGGCACAAGAUCUCAACGCAUUAGCUGCGAAUUAUACAUCACAAAAGUUAUGGUGUUUAGAGCCGUGUAUUCGAUACCUUCUUGGUGAAACAAUGCAAGAAGACGAACCUCGUUUUGGAAAUGACAUCAAUGGUAUAUCAAAGCCAACAACAUUUAACAAAAAUGACGAAUCGAUCCAUCAACCUACUACAAACUAUGUUAGCAAUUGGAAUGGGACUACAGCAGGUGAAGCUGAUUCUGAUGAUGAAAUAUUUGUAGGACCUUCAUUUAUGGGUGGCUAUGGUAUGUCUAAUGGAAAGCGUGGUAGUUUACAAAGUGAGAAAGGUAUUGUUCUGGAUCUCUCAUCAAGACAUUCUGCGGAUGAAAAGGUACCUUUUCCUCGUCUCUGUGGUGGUGUAUUUUCCGGAAGUGGUCAAUUGGUAUGUUUCUUCUCAACAUUACGUGUACGUGAUCCUAAUCGUACAACCAACAAAACUGAUAAGAAUAAACAAGAUACAAGUCCAGCAAGCAAUACUAGCAAUGGGGAAUACUUUGAACAUACUUAUCAAGAUUUUUACAAACAUCCAAAGUCAUAUGAACAAUUUGAAGAAUACAAGGAAAUUGCCGCGAUGUCUCGUCAAGGUCGAAAUGCUACAGUGAUGGUUGGUUCUAGUGGUGCCUUCGGAGAAUAUAGUUAUGAUGAUGAUCCUGAUGAUAUUGAUGAUGGUUUGACCAAUAUGGCUUCGAUCUACUUUAAACCGGACGGGCUGGCUCUGGAUAAUUCUAUGAAGAGUGAAGACAAUCUACUCUACCAUGGCUCUAAAUCUGAUAGGACAACAAGAAACAUCGUAAUUGCCGAUUUCUCUGAUAUGAUGCCUUUUAGCCCAUGGCUUGCUAAAGAAUAUAUGUUAUCACCGAAUGAACCCAUGAAAGCAUGUCUUCAUAAUGCUCAAGCUGCCAAGACACAUGACCGCGAUGAUCUGGCUCAAAUAUGGAAAAUAUCUUUGGAAAUUAUACGAGAAUGUGUUCCUUUAGAUAUUCCAGAACAACAGGAUCUUGUGGAUGACUUACUUUUGAAUAGACGCCCAGAUUUGCAACCUUUACCUACUGAUCCACUUUGGUUACAAGAUUCAAAACUGGCUGAAAUCAAUUCUAUUUUGGGACAUCAAGCAUUUACUCGUCUAUUGUUAGAUGUGACUGAAACAAAUGGCAAGUUGAAGCAUUUUAUUCGGGCGGGUGAUAUUCAAAUGGGUGCUUUAUUAUCAUGUGUGUUCCAUGAUAAAGCAAGGUCUUGGGGAAGUAUAGCAAGAAAUCAACAACGCACUGGUGCGAAUGAGUCUGGCAACAAAGCGUCUUCUGUGGACUACUUCUCGAUGAAGAAAACUAAACAAGUAAUGCAUCGAACCAGCUCUGGACCCAGUUUGAAUGGUGCUACCGUAUCCAACCGCAAUAGUAAUCAUGUACAACUCAGCCAAUCCUAUGGAACAAAAGGUGUCAACUUUUUGUCUUACUUUUGGGAUAGUGACAGGCGUACACCACCACCUAUGGAAAAAUCACCACUGACAGAAACACCAACUGAAAUGGGAAAUGAUACUUUGACAGCAUCAGCAGCAUCACCUAUCCGCACUCCUAAAAUUUCCAAUCGAAUGACGAAUCGUAUGCAACCCUGGACAACUAUGUAUUCUGGAGCGAAAAUACCAAGUAACACAGCACCUGGAUUAAGAUCUUUGACAAUGACUGGUAGUGUCAGCUCUCAUGGAACAUCGUUUACAUCUACACCCUCAAUGACGAUUGCAAAUAAAGAAGGCGAGAUGCUUUCAACUGAUGACCUCUCGAUUGAAUUCAAUAAUGUAGAAUGGUUUGAUGGUGAAAAAAUGUUUGUAUACAAUCAAAUCCCUCUUCUACCUGCCAGCAAAAGUGGACAAUAUGAUGUUACACGAUGGCAAUAUGCAGAUUUAUUGUUUCGGAACGAUCUAUUGGCUCAACGUGCAGAAGUACUCAAGUAUAUCAACAACCGACCAGCGCCGACUUUAACUGGAUCAACAAUGACAAGCAAGGAGCGAACAAUGGAAAUUCAAGUACGAUGUUAUAUAUGUGGAUCUGAAGUGGCUGGUCCUGAUCGUAUGUGUUAUCAAUGUCGUAAAAUACGAACACAAAUCAAGUGCACUAUCUGUCAUCAAUUGGUCAAAGGUUUAUUGAAUUUUUGUGUAAAAUGUCGACAUGGUGGACAUAGUCAUCAUAUCAAAGAAUGGUACCAAAAGGAAGAUGUUUGUCCAACUGGUUGUGGAUGUCGUUGUUUAAUAGAAACUCAGGAAUAUGGCACGCUUGUAUUAUAG